AACAACAUAGCAACAACCUUAUAAAGGAAAAGAUGCUCCCUCUCUCUGGCUUCAGUUCAUACAGCAAGUGAAGUCAACACCACAGUCCUCUCAGACAACAUGCUCAGCCUCAUUAAACUGCCCAGAGUCUUCACCAUCCACCAAGUCCCAAAAGUGUUCCAUGAGGACAGCAUCAUCUCAGGCUACCGACACCCUCGCAGCUCAGCCACUGACUGCAUCCUCAGCCUCUUCCAGCUGACCAAUGAAACGCUCAAUAUCUGGACACACUUCCUGCCCACAUGGUACUUCUUAUGGAAGCUGCUGACGGUGGUCCUGAUGCGAGACGUGUGGAGCGACUCGUUCACAUGGCCCCUCCUGGUGUUCCUGAUGUCGUGCUGUGUGUACCCGCUGGCCUCUAGCUGUGCCCACACCUUCAGCACCAUGUCAACACGCGCACGACACAUCUGCUUCUUCUUCGACUACGGAGCUCUGAGUCUCUACAGCCUGGGCUCUGCCAUAACAUAUUCUGCCUACGUGAUUCCUGAUAAGUGGGUGAACAAUUUGUUCCACCAGUACUAUAUCCCCAUCGCUGUGGUAAACACUGUCAUCUGUACCGCCUUAGCCUGCUACUCCAGGCUUGGUUUACCAUAUAUCCAAUAUAACCAUCACAUCAUAAAAAGAUUCUCAGAGUGUAAGAGCCCAAAGUUUGGCAAAUUUCUCCGCAUUCUAGCUUUCGCAUUACCCUACCUGUUCGACAACAUUCCUCUCUUCUACAGGCUCUACUUGUGUGUGGGUGAGGGCUGCACUGACAACGAUACCAACGCUCUCCACCACACCCACAUCGCCCUGGCCUUCUUGACCGCAUUCCUCUUCGCCACACACCUACCAGAGCGCCUGGCCCCCGGCAGCUUCGACUACAUAGGUCACAGCCACCAACUGUUCCAUGUGUUCGGCAUAAUCGGCACUCAUUUCCAGAUGGAGGCCAUUGAGCAGGACAUGGUGACGCGACGCCCGUGGCUCCUCACGUACUCUCUGCCCAUCACCUUCACCAACACACUGGGGGCGGCACUGCUGAGUGUAACCCUCAGCCUUGGCAUCAUCUUCCUCUUUAGUCUGCCUCUGCUCUGGUCAGCCACCCGGGGGAGAACACACUGAGAAGACACAGUCACAUCCAAUAGCCAAGGGCUGCCAGUACCACUAGCACUAGCCACAUGCUAAUGACAAUGUAUAUGGGAUGUAGGAACUGGAUGGUUCAGUUGGUGGAGCAUGGUGCCUGUAAUGCCAGGAUUGUGGAUUUGAUUCACAGGGCCACCCACAAGAAAAAUGUAUACAAACAUGAAUGUAAGUCACUUUGGAUAAGAGCGUCUGCUAAAUGGCAUAUAUUUGUAUUCUAUUACUAUGAUUAAACUGGACACUGUGGUGGGGUGGGCUUGGGAGAAGAGGUGAACAACUGAAGUGAACCACUAUGGCUUCUUGGUGUUGGACAGAGGUGAAGUCCUGACAAGAUACAAUGUGGAAGGAGCAAUGAACUGUUCUUCACAUUGUCAACACGGAUGAAUAAACUGGUAGCUGAACAAGAGCUCCAUAUAUACUGCAAUGAGGGACAGACAGAGUUAGUGGUAUCUUUGGUAGUAUUACAUUGACUAUAGGACAAGUACACAGUACUAAACACGUAGGCCUUGCUUUUGUUCGCUGAUUUACCAACGCUACUGAGGAGCAGGAAGAGACUGAAGCAGUUGGAAGUCAAGCUGUAUAUGAAGAAUCAAUCCACUGAGGAGCAGGAAGAGACUGGAGCAGUUGGAAGUCAAGCUGUAUAUGAAGAAUCAAUCCACUGAAUGUUACAUGAAGAUGAAUUUUCAAUAUUCCUUCAAUUUAGUUUUUCUUUUUAAACACUAUUUUUAUACUAAAUAUAUUUAUCACUUGAUCAUUUUUAUACACAAACAAUGGAUAUGUACCACAAACACAUCAACAAUUUUAGGACCACAGUCUGUAGCCUAAGGGCUGUUAAGUAGAGGGUUUUGGUAGUAAAUUGUAAACUAAAAUCAGCACUGAAGGAUACAGUAACUUAUUAAUGAAGUGUACAGUAUGUAUGAUGGUCAGCUACUAAAGUGAAGCUGCCUUUUAGAGAUAAAAUUAUACAUGUCAGAUCUUUCCUGUAAACCUGUUAAGUACAGUAUUAUUUAAAGCAUCACCAAGACAUCAUAGUUCUCCGUUACACAUUAAACGUUUUCUUUGGCUCCUGUAAAUCUUGUCUCAUUUAAGUUCAUAUAUUUUGAAAUGUUAUUUAUUGUGAAUUCUCAUAAAUAAAAGGUGUCUGUGUA